AUGCAAAUAUGGAAAGAAGAGAAGUUGCUGCUUGUACUGACACUUUCCUCAAUACACCAAGGGAUAGUUGCCAGAGACGGUGAGUCAGAAAAACAGCAUGCUGAAUGUGGAAUCUACCUUGCACCAUCGACGAUUCCUGGGGCUGGAUUAGGGAUGUAUGCUGGUAAUCGAGAAUAUAAGCAUGAAGACAUAAUAACAGAUGGAGACUUGAUGGUUCCUAUAUUCGAAUUGGACUGGCACAAUGGUCAUCUAACAUACAAUUUCCUAUGGGAUGAGUACACAUGGGCGGCGAGCAUGUUCUGGGGUACGGAAGAAGAGCUCGACGACACGGGACUCAUAAGUGUUGCCAGUUUCGGAAUGGGAGCAGCUGUGAAUUGCAUGUUGCCCUUGGUGAACGUCGGCGAUGCAGGGACCGAAGACGACUACUAUGCAGACUUGAUUGGUUUGGACAAUGCUGGCUUGUCCUCACAUUCACCAGGGAUCGGUGCAUUUACGCCCUAUCAUGGGCGUCCAAUGGAAGCUCGAAAAGAAAUCCCCAAAGGACAGGAACUAUAUGUCAGUUAUGGAGAGGAGUAUUUUGAAUCGCGAGAUUCUUACAGCUUUGUCCCUCUCAAGGAGCAUUACCAAGAGGCCGAUAGGAUCAUCGAGAGCUUUCAAGAUUUCACAGCAAGUUUACCUGAUUUGUCUCAAUCCGCACGAGAAGACCUUUGGCGAGUAGUCGGCAAUGAAUCUUUUUGGAAUAGUCGAAUUUUUCAUGCUCUACCUGAUACCUUAGAGGAAGCCGUUCGAAGUUUGGAAACCGGAGGGACAGCAAUGAAACACUACAAUGCAAGCAUCCGAAGCCUAGAUUGGCUAGAAGAAAAUGGAGAAUGCAUGGACAACAUCAAAGAUGGUAUUAGCACCAUUCCUGAUGCUGGUCGAGGUGCAUUCGCACGUCGCUUUAUAAGGAAAGGACAGGUUGUCAGUCCAGCGCCCCUCAUUCAUUUGCCGAGUCGUAAUGUAUUGACUAUGUUCGACGGAGAGGUAGUCAUGAGCAAUGAAGGCGACGAGAACUAUAUGGUGAUGAGGGAUCCGAUGAAACCCAAUCAUGAGCAGUUGUUACUCAACUACUGUUUCGGACAUCGAGAUUCAACACUUUUGCUCUGUCCUUAUGGCUAUCUAUCGGCGCUCAUCAACCACUCGCAAAAGGAACCAAAUGCCAAAAUUGCUUGGUCCAAGAAGAGCCUGAUUGGUCACCCAGAGUGGUUUGAUGAACCUUUGAAGGAAUGGGGAGGGAGGACGACUGCGGGUCUCGCGCUCGACUUUGUAGCUUUACGCGACAUUGAAGAAUCGGAAGAGAUUCUCAUUGACUACGGAGACGAAUGGGAAGAGGCUUGGCAACAACACGUCAAGAACUUUAAGCCGCCUAGGAAAAAAUACAUUCCUGCAUUCGAAUUGAACCGAAUGGCUGAUUUGCAAGUUAAGACUCUCUCCGAGUAUGACUACAGGUCCGAAGGAGUUCUCGUAUUUUGUCGUCGGCAUCACGUUAUUCACUUUGGUCUUGACAUGGAGGAAGCAGAUGAAUGGGAGGGUUACGAAGACGAGCCGCACUUUCGACUUGGAAUCUACCCCUGUCGGCCUGUGGAACGCCGCGAUGAUGAUUCAUACAAUGUUGAACUUAUUGCCAAGGAGUACGCAAACGUUUACGACAUGGACCUCUGGCCACAUCAUGACGUAGUAUCGCACAUAUUGUUCAACGUACCAAGGGACAUAUUCUAUUUCCUUGACGAGCCAGUGCACCGUGAUCACCACCAAACAUGGUCCUUUCGACAUGAUAUGAGAAUUCCAGAUGCAAUGUUUCCGGAGGCCUGGAAGAAUCGCGCAGCAUACAAAUUGAAGAAGGAGGAGAUGGAGAAAGGAAGCCAUGAAUCAGAUUCUUCGAACGAUGGUGACGUAGACAAUCAAUCGGGCUCUGAGCUAUGA